CGGGGAGAGGGGGCAGAGGGGGGCGGGCACGCCCAAAAGAUGGUGUUGAAUCACGCCCGUCUGUUGCUUUUUCUGUGCAUCGGUGCGCCCCGCGAUUGGCGGACAACAGUGGAGGUAGCCAGCACUGGCGCGCCGUGGGCGGGUGGAACGCCUGUUUAUAAACCUAGAUCUCUUUUUCCGUGGGCGGGAACAGCAACAGUGGAGAGGGAAAGUGGGGCGCUUGACAGAAAGCAACGUGAAGGAGCCGAGGCUGUGGCGGCGGCUGAGGUUGACAGGGGCUCGCGGAGGGGGCGCGGCGGCAGCCCCUGUAUGCGUCUUCCACCGCGCAUGGACGACCACCUCAGCCUCCUGCAAUCACCCCCGCCGAGCGUCACCAAAACCAGGGGCGACAACUUGGUGAACCACGGAUACACCGAGACAGACACCGACGUGAUGACGGUCGUGGCGUGUGACAACAUGCUGGAGGAGUCGGCGGCUCUCCCGGGCCACCACUCUCUGGACAGAUACGAACCGGAUCACGAAUGCUGCGAGAGGGUGGUCAUCAACAUCUCAGGAUUACGGUUCGAGACGCAGCUCAAGACUCUGUCACAGUUCCCAGACACGCUGCUGGGCGACCCAAAGAAGAGGAUGAGGUACUUUGACCCUCUCAGGAACGAAUACUUCUUCGACAGGAACCGACCCAGCUUUGAUGCCAUUCUGUAUUACUACCAGUCCGGCGGGCGCAUCAGGAGACCCGUCAAUGUGCCCAUUGACAUUUUCUCGGAGGAGAUCCGCUUCUAUGAGUUGGGUGAGGAGGCGAUGGAGAAGUUCAGGGAGGACGAGGGCUUCAUAAAGGAGGAGGAGCGGCCGCUGCCAGAGAAUGAAUUUCAGCGGCAGGUGUGGCUGCUGUUUGAAUACCCGGAGAGCUCGGGUCCUGCCCGAGGAAUCGCAAUAGUGUCCGUUUUGGUCAUUCUCAUCUCCAUUGUCAUCUUCUGCUUAGAGACACUGCCGGAGUUCAGGGACGAGAACAGUGAUGUGAUCCCCAUUGCGCCGGUGAUAAAUGGCACAGUCCCAUAUUUCAUCAGCCCCUUCUCUGAUCCCUUCUUUGUUGUGGAGACGUUGUGCAUCAUCUGGUUCUCCUUCGAGCUCCUGGUGCGCUUUUUUGCCUGUCCAAGCAAAGCCACGUUCUCCAAAAACAUCAUGAACAUCAUUGACAUUGUGGCCAUCGUUCCAUAUUUUAUCACACUGGGCACAGAGUUGGCAGAGAGGCAAGGGAACGGACAGCAGGCCAUGUCUCUGGCCAUCCUGCGCGUAAUUAGACUUGUUCGGGUGUUUCGCAUCUUCAAACUUUCGCGUCACUCCAAGGGGCUUCAAAUUCUGGGGCAGACUCUGAAGGCCAGCAUGCGUGAGCUGGGCCUGCUCAUCUUCUUCUUGUUCAUCGGUGUCAUUCUCUUUUCCAGCGCUGUUUACUUUGCCGAGGCGGACGACCCGUCCUCAGGUUUCAACAGCAUUCCGGAUGCGUUCUGGUGGGCUGUUGUUACCAUGACCACCGUGGGAUACGGGGACAUGCACCCCGUGACGAUCGGUGGCAAAAUCGUCGGAUCUCUGUGCGCAAUCGCCGGCGUGCUGACCAUCGCCCUGCCUGUCCCUGUAAUCGUCUCCAAUUUUAACUACUUCUACCACAGAGAGACGGACGGUGAGGAGCAGGCGCAGUACCUGCACGUGGGCAGCUGUCAACCUCUGGCAGACACAGAGGAGCUGAGGAAGACGCGCUCCUCUUCCUCGCUCAGCAAGAGCGAGUACAUGGUGAUAGAGGAGCACGGGAUGAACAGCGCGUUCAAGCAGCAGCCGAACUUCCCCACCACGGCUCAAAACAACUCGCAGAACUGCGUAAACAUAAGCAAAAAGAUUUUCACAGACGUGUAGCGUUACAGUUCUGACCAACAGGUGAGGUACCAACACACAGCUGGAUCUGGCGCUGCCCACCAGCGUGUGGAAGCACGGAUGAGGGAGGAAAUAGUGCUGCUUUGUGCUCUUUUUAAAGAAUCCGGCUAGUUCACUUUAGUGAUAUAAAUUCAUCAUACUAUAAGGUUCCGUUUACGCGUGCGUAAAAAGAGAGAGAUAAACACGAGUUCAUCUCUGAGGGGCUGAUCCUGUUGUGCGUUUCAAGUAGCAAGUGUAUAAUCACAACAGGUAGAACUAGAAGCUUUAUUACUGUGAAGGGUGAGUAAAACUGUGUGUUCCUUGAAGGACACUCACACUGUAUUUUCAUGCGUAAUGAGUCGUGAUCCGUCAUGCGUAGACUAUGUAUAAUAACCAGUCAUUUAAAUAUGUGUCUGUGUUCAAACACAUGUAAUGUCUGAAGAAAAAAAAAACGGUUCAAAGAUAUGUCAACCAGACCGUUCUGUGCUAUUAUGCGUCCUUGAAAAGAACUCCAAAUACUCCCUCUAUGUACCGCUAUUACUCGGUGCGUAAACGGCGCUAUGUAAACACCGGGUCCAGUCAAGUGUCAGCGUCUGUGCGCGGACCACGUGAGCGCAGAUACACAAAGCUGCCUCCGUACGCACACAAACAGUGAUCAAAGAUGGAGAGUGUUUCUCUUUGGAUGCCUCAAAUAGAGCUCUCUGUGAUGCAGUCACUAUGGCGACGGUCGUUUCCUGGGUAACCCCAGUCACCGUUGCCAUGGCACCCUUGUUUCCACAGUAACCUCCCAGAUGGCUUGGAAACUAUACAGACGAUUCUCAUGUGAAUGGCGUGACUUCACUCUCCAAUGAGGCGAUUUUUUUUUUUUUUCCAAACAAAUUCGACUCGGGGAGCUGCUGUGCCUGAAAAGAUGAAAGGAGGAGCGGCACAAAAAAUAUGAAUGAAGUGAGAGCACUACCGCAAACGCACAGCAAAGGGUGCUGUCCCCUCACUGGAAAAAUGGGUGUGCAGUGAUUCUGGUCUUCCUGGUGGGACAGAUGGGCCACAUUUGGGAUCUGAGACAGAAACCCUUCUGGAUCGGUUCUUCUUUCCCUGCCCUCAACCGAUGCCUAAAACAAGGACUAAAAAGUGGUGCCUAGCAGAUUUCCUUCUCCGACGGGACUAUCAACCAACCCAAAAAAUGCAAGAAAAAUGAGGUCACCACAGGCUUUUGACAUUUUUCCACACCUUUGUAGCCGCAGCUUCUGUUGUAAAGCUGACACAUUCUGAAAAGAGAAGUCAUGGGAUCAAAAGUGACUUGAAAACUUGUGCUUUAGCUGUUACUGGCUUUCUAGGAAACAGCAAGUGCUUUCUCACAUCACUGGGACUUUUACAAAGAUUUCUACAAUCUGUCUUCGUCAUUCUGUCUUCAUCGUCAGCAAGGAGUCAGCAAGAGAAAGAGAAAACCCCAUGUGCUCUGUGAUUAACUGAUAUGAAACUGUGAUUCAAAUCAAAGACUGUUAGCCACAUGCCUUUGUUAGCUCUUUGUGCUGUGUGUUGUUGACAUGUAAAAUGCACAUGUAGCCACGUGUGCUAGUUGCUGCUAUUCCCUUGACUUAUACAUUAAGAACAAUACAAAGGCACAUGCGAACACAAGCAUAUUUAUACAUACACAUUUGUGAAUGUCUCUCUUCUGUUCCAGACUGCACUCUUAAUUUUUGGAAUGGGACAGACUGUUGUCAGGGUAAGGCUGUGUAUGCCGGUAUUUGUUCUGUGUUAUUACGUGCCAUCUUAAACAUGACCCAUGUGAAGAGAU